CUUUAAUAUGAAGAUUUCCGGAAUUAUUUUCCUAAUUACAUUUAUUCUUUUUGCAGCAAGCGCUCUGGGUUCUCCAAGAAGUUACCCAAGUACAGGGGUUAAGAAUGGACUUUUCAGAACUUUCAGUGCUGAAACUGCUAAGGUACUUCCUCAGGAAGACUCCCAGCUUGAGAAUAUUCUCUCUGCUCUUGAAGAAGGAGCUGAAAGUGAACUUUUUGCCUUGAAACAAUCCUUUGAUGUACUCAUGCCAGUAAUCGAGUUCUUGACAUCUUUCUGGAGAGCAGCCUUUCAGAUCGACCUCAACCUUGACGGAUGCCCAUCCAGGUUCUUCGACGGAUUCCUCAGGAUUGGUGCAGGAGCCGGAAAAAUUGUUGCAGGACCAGAAACUAGUGACAGACUCUGGGGAGUUGGCAGAUCUCUGUAUGGAAUAGUUUUCACUUACUUUGUACAGACUUCUCUUGAAUGUGAUGAUACUUUCUCGGCUGUCUUGGUCGGUUUAGAAAAGAUUAGCAAAUUAGUAUCAUCUCCUUCCACUAUUUUGCCAGCAUUAUCUAAGGCAUUCAGUGAAACUCCAGUAGAGUUCUGGCUCCAUGGAGAUGGAGUAAUUAGCGCUGCCAGAAGCGACCCAAUUGAACUCGGACCAUUAUCUCACUCUUUGGGAGGUGCUUUGGGACUUAUCCUCAACGCUAUGGAAUAAUUUCGUCACUAAACUUGUUGUAUCCAAUAUCAUCA